AUGUUACUUCUCAGGAAAGAAAAGACAAGCUGGUUUGUAGUAUUCUGUGAUUAUAUGUGGACUGGGUUUCUGAAUGUUAAAGUUCUGGAUGCCUCGGUACCAGCAUCUAGAUGUGUCAAAAGAUGUGAGGUAGACAGAAGACUUGGAACUAUCCUCAAGGAACAGGAGAUGGCAUCUCUCCCUGUCCCGAGUGUGCAGGCCAUGGUGGCGGCCACCGGUGGAGCCGACGUGCCGCCAAGGUAUCUCCGUCCGGCAGAGGCGGUCGCUGGCGACAGCGAGGCCCACAUCCCCAUCAUCGACUACCAGAGGCUGCUGCUGGAGCUGGAGCUGGACCGCCAUGGCGAGGAGUCUGCACGCCUUCACGGGGCCUGCCAGGACUGGGGCUUCUUCCAGUUAGUUAACCACAGUGUCCCAGACGAUGUGGUGGAGAGCAUGAAGGCCAACAUCCAGCAAUUCUUCCAGCUACCCGCAGAGACGAAGAAGCGAUUCGCUCAGGAGGAAGGGCAGCUAGAAGGCUACGGUCAACUAUUCGUCGUCUCCGAUGAUCAGAAGCUCGACUGGGCUGACAUGCUCUUCCUCUACGCACAGCCACCUGAGAGGAGGAAGACCAGGUUCUGGCCUGACCAGCCUGCUACCUUCAGAUCGACGCUGGAUAGAUAUUCUGGUGCGCUGAAGGAUGUAUCAGAUUCCCUUUUGGCUACGAUGGCGAAGAACUUGGGACUGAAACGAGAAACGAUCGCUGAAAAAUGCACCCGUGGAAUGCAGUCUUUCAGAAUGAACUACUACCCCCCAUGCGCCCAAGCAGAGAAAGUCAUUGGCCUGUCCCCGCACUCUGAUGCUAAUCUCCUAACCCUUGUCCUGCAAGUGAACCAUGUCCAGGGCCUGCAGAUCAAGAGGAACGGCAGCUGGCUCCCUGUCAAGCCUGUCCCGGGCGCUUUCAUCGUCAACAUCGGAGAUAUGUUAGAGGUCUUCACGAACGGGAGGUACAGGAGCAUCGAGCACCGGGCAGUCGUGGACCCCAAGGAAGAGCGGCUGUCGGUCGCGGCGUUCCACUUCCCAGACAUGGACGCCAUGAUAGGUCCUCUGGAGGAGCUGACCGCACAUGAGGACGACGCCUACAAGACGUUGGACCUCGAGAGCUUCAUGAAGAUCUUCUUCGCGACGAAGCUCGAGGGGAAGAGCUUCUUAGACCGGAUGAAGCUAAACUAG